AUGUGGACGGAGCUAUGGGAAUUCACUUGCAAGAACAAAUAUUUAUGGAACUUCUCAGCUACCUGCGCGGUCUCUACGAUUCAAGUGUGUUUCAAAGUUUUGGAUGACAUUGAUUUCCGAGCCUUUAGUAUGAGGCAUCUCAAGAAUAGCCGAAUUUCUGAAAAUCUUCUUGUUAGCCAAUGGUACCCUCAUAAGAAAGAGUUUUUCUUGUAUUGUUCUUCUUUAUCGUCAGUUCAGCGGGUUGAGGAAGUACAAAAACUUGAUUGUCCUUCUGUCGGUCGCUGCGCGUUAUACUGUUGUUACGAUAGCUUGGCGCUUGUCGGGGUUUCUAAUUAUCGUAAUUAUGCGUACGAGAGACUUUUUCUAUGGAAGCCCUCUACAAGAGAAUCAAUAGCACUUCCUCAUCCAAAAUUGGAACUUAAUUGGAACUUACGGAUUUGGGGAUUGGGAUAUGACUCAACUAGUGAUGACUAUAAGAUCUUUAAGAUUACUUACAGAUCACAUAGUGAAAUUCUCGAGCUGAAAAGUGGUUCCUGGAGAUUAAUUGAUACGGAUAAACAUCGUACCUGCAGAUACCCCAGAUUAUCUAAUACGGAUUCUUUGGCAUUUGUUCAUGAAGCAUUUCAUUGGCAUGAUUUCUCAAUGAAUAAUUAUGUGGUUUCGUUUAGUAUAUCAAAUGAGGUGUACAGACAGAUACCAUUGCUAAAGCAAAUUUACUCCCCCGAGUGCAUAGAUGGUGUUUCAGCGUUGGGAGAAAUGCUUUGUGUUUAUUCUCGUUAUGUGUCUCAUACGAAUGACAUUUUUAAAAUUUGGAUAAUGAAAGACUAUGGCGUCAAAGAAUCUUGGACUGAAUUGUUUAAUAUACAAGGUACCGCCGUACCGGUCUCUAUUCAGUUGUACCAAAGUAUAGGUUUUCGGAUGGAGAUGUGGUACUCUUCUGCAAUCAUUCAUGUUGUUUUGGUUCUAGCUUUAGGACAUCCAAAGGGCCAUAUGGAUUCUGGCCUCAAUAUGAUGAACUCGCCAUUCACAAAGGAUUCAUUUAUACAGAAAGUUAUUUCUUCCCAAAAUUAA